UUCUCUUCUGAAACUGCUCAGGUGCCACAAUGGAUCUUGUCCUGGAUUAUGCAGACAGUUAUAUUUUGACACCUUAUGUUUAUCCAGCAACCUGGCCAGAAGACAAUGCUUUCCGGCAGAUUAUCAGUCUCUCUAUUAUAACAAACCUGGGGGCAUUUGCCUUAUAUUUUCUGUUUGCCACUCUCAGCUACUAUCUGCUUUUUGAUCACAAGUUAAAGAAGCAUCCUCAGUUUUUAGAGAAUCAAGUGCAGCGAGAAAUAAAGCUCACCGUCUCAUCUUUGCCAUUGAUCAGCAUUCCCACUGUGGCCAUCUUCUUUGCUGAAGUCAAAGGCUACAGCAAACUCUACAGUAACAUUGGGGAUUCUGCCUAUGGAUGGUUUGAUGUGGUCUUCAGCAUGUUUUCAUUUCUGUUCUUCACCGAUAUGUGCAUUUACUGGAUUCAUCGGUUUCUUCACCACAAGCUGUUUUAUAAGCGUUUUCACAAACCCCACCACGUUUGGAAGAUCCCAACUCCAUUUGCCAGCCAUGCUUUUCAUCCCCUUGAUGGUUUCCUUCAGAGCAUCCCUUAUCAUAUCUAUCCAUUCGUUUUUCCUCUUCAUAAAGUGACCUAUUUGUGCCUCUAUGUCUUCGUCAACAUCUGGUCAAUUUGCAUUCACGAUGGAGACUAUCGUGUUCCUCAUCUGCUGAAACCCAUCAUCAAUGGAGCUGCCCAUCACACUGAUCACCACUUGUACUUCAAUUACAAUUACGGCCAAUACUUUACCCUCUGGGACAGAAUUGGGGGCUCUUACAAAAUCCCCUCUUCUUAUGAAGGUCAGGGGCUCCAUGCAUAUUUGAAAAAGCUGGCGAACGGCCCUGAGGAGGAAAAACUACAAGGAGGCGAUGAAGCGAAAAAUAAAUAGCAAUCCCUCCCAUCUGAAGAAUGAUGAACCUCUAUGCCUUAUGAACUUCCUCCUGGCUGAGGAAUUCUGGGAGUUGAAGUCCACAAGUCACAAAAGGGCCAAGUUUAAAGGCCCCUGUAUUAGUUGGCUGGGCUAAAUAGCCCUGCUGCCUAGUCAUUUUGGGAGCUGGAAUCCAACACAGAAACAGGUGGAAGAAGCAUAUUCUAAAUCAUUGCUUUGGCUUUUCUCCUCUUCAACAUGUACAUAUUAAACUCAUCCCCUCCAAAAGGCAAACCU